GCCUUCGUUGUUUUCUGUAGCUUUUUCACGCAGCGACGACGUUUUUCUCCGCCCGGGACACAAGAAACCGCGUUUUCUCACGCAUAGACAAAAUUAAGUGAAAUCUAUCACACAUCAUCGUAAAGUGCAAUCGCAAAUUGUGCGAACAUCGGGUGUUUUCAUCCUGCAACGGCAACACCAACAUCAUCGUUUAGGCGUGGGUUCCAAGCUUGGGCUAGACCAGGAACAUACAUCGAAGGUGCCGCAUCUUCUGCUUGCUGCAAUAUUCUUCCGAUCGGAUCGAGAAUUGUCUUAAUUCCGGACUGGUACUGGCGAAAAGAUGAACGUCGAGGAAGAGGUGUUUCGUAUUCAGAAAAAGCUGGGCAAAAUGACUUCCCAGUCGGAUGGAUCGGGUCAAGAGCAGGCGCUUGAUUUGCUGCGCGAGUUGCAACGAUUGAAUAUUGAUCUGGAUAUACUGACGAAAACGCGCAUCGGAAUGACGGUGAACGAGUUGCGCAAGUGUAGCAAGGACGAUGAAGUGAUAAGCUUGGCCAAAUCGCUUAUCAAGAGCUGGAAACGUUUUCUCGCCGGUACGCCACCAUCGAAAGAUGGUUCGAAGGAUUCGUCCAAGUCGUCUGGCAAAUCGUCGAGCAAAUCGAGCAGCAAAUCAUCCGACGCAGGCAGCACUGGCACCGGGGGCGGUGGUGGCGGUGGAGCAAACGGCGAGAAAGCAAACAGUGGAAGCGGUGGGGCAGGAGGAGUUGGUGGCAACAAAAAGGAUUACGAACGGGAGAAGGAAAGCAAAUCGAAAGCACCUCCUUCCGGUGGCAUGUCCUCUCAGUCGAGCAGCAAUACGACCGACGCAGUGCGGCUGAAAUGUCGAGAAAUGUUGGCCAACGCUUUGCGCGUUGAUGGUGAACCGCCGGAGGGUUGCCAGUCACCGGAAGAGCUAGGCGAAGAGCUUGAGGAGGCAAUUUUUGUCGAGUUCAAAAACACGGACAUGCGCUACAAGAACCGUGUUAGAUCGCGCGUCGCUAACCUGAAGGACCCGAAGAAUCCGAGCCUGCGGGCAAACUUCAUUAGCGGUGCUAUCACUGCCCAGCGGCUCGCCAAGAUGACCUCGGAGGAGAUGGCGAGUGAUGAGAUGAAGCAUUUGCGCGAUCGUUUCGUAAAGGAGGCGAUCAACGAUGCACAGCUGGCGACGGUGCAGGGCACCAAGACCGAUCUGCUCAAGUGCGGCAAGUGUAAGAAGCGUAACUGCACGUACAACCAGCUGCAGACGAGAAGUGCUGAUGAACCUAUGACUACGUUCGUAAUGUGCAAUGAGUGUGGCCACCGUUGGAAGUUUUGCUAGAAAGGUUUGUGUCUUUUUUGAUCGAGACGUGUCCAGCGUCUCCCGAUCUACGGUUUCUUAACACUUCGGAUAAGAACAAUCGCUACUCGUUGUCAAGCGGCUGGUUGGGUGUCAAGACGAACGGCAAAUUAAGCGUCUCCCUUUUUGGUACGAUCGUAUGCUACGAUCGUUGACGAUUAUUAAUUUCCUCUAACUACAUGUAUAGUUAGAUGGUAAGUUCGGUUUUAUCAAGUUUUGCUAGAAGAAGGAUGGGAAAAGGCAAUGAUACACAUUGGCGUUAAAAUGUGGUUUUACAAACGUAGCGAAGCUUAUGGCGCACUGCAGGUUGUGCGCCGUACGGGCGCUUAAGUGCGCUCCACAACUAAAUAAUUUAAACAGAAUUUGAUUUGUGCGAUUAGGUUUAACUUGUUAGUUUAGAGAACAUUACUGCAUUAGAAUUACACUCUUACAGUGAAAUCUAACACAACAGAAAGCCAGGUUUUGGUAUCGUUUUUAUAUUGAAAAGUUCAACACAUGGAACGAUCUUCUGUUCCCAUUUACGUAAUUCAUUAUCGAGAAGCAGACAUCAUCGCGUAUAAAUCGGUGGUUCAAUGUCGUGGUACUACAUAGAAGGUAGAAUCAUGUGAAUGUGUUGGCGUUCCUAUUCGAGAUGAAAUAUCCCUUUUGAAGUAAAAGUCCCGUCAAAUAUAAAACAAUUAGCAACCAUACCAUAAACCGAACUGUUUGCAAUAGAAAUUAUAAAAAAAAACAUUCACACAAUUAAAACAAAAUACCCGUGGGAAGAGUUAGCGAUCUCAAAAGCGUCUGGUCAGGAUGUACAUGGCUAACGGUCCUUCUCGAUGUAAGAUGAUGGAUGAGGAUAGCAACAGCAGUGUGUGUUCCCGUUUUUACGGAACCCUUCAACAAAAUCACAAUUCUUAGAUUAGGAAAGGCAAAUGCCGAUGAGUGUGUGUGUGUGUGCGUGUGCAUGAUCGAGCGCGCAUUGCAAGCUGCACUUUAGCACUUAGCAAUUAGUAGGGAAAACUAAAGAAAUCAUAAAUGUAAUUGUGUAUAUAAGUAAAAUGUAAUGUUGCGUCACGUUUUGCUAGAUAAAACAGCGUGCAUUGUGAGGUAGCUUGCGUAUGCGUGUGUUGUACCAAGAAAAAGCUGGAACGUGGGGUUUCACUUGCUGUACCCGUUGCAGCAACAAGGAUCCGAACGUAGACAAUCGUAUCACGAAACGUUGCGAAAGAUUAUACAAAGAUAAGAAACGUAGCAAACGUAAUUGGGCUUUAAUUUACAUGUUAGUUCCGUUCCUUCUUUUUUCAUCAGAAAUAAACAUUCUGUAAAGAUA